AGAAACUACUUCGCCGUCGUAAACCCGUGAAAACAGACGCGGCCGGCCGCCUGAACCGUUGCUGAGUCGGGUUGCGAAUUAAAGGUCAUAAACUGGUGUGCGUGAGUGACCUUUUCCUUACGCGGAUGUUUGCUUGAUGGAAGGCGUGUAAAUAAAUGCUUCCUGAAGGCAUGCCAUCAUUGCACGAGCUGUCAUUGGUCAGGUGCACAUUCGAGACUGGUUGAGAGGAGUUGCUCCUAGCUAAAAGAGGUUAGGCUUGCAUGGUAAUGAAGGUAUGGAUGAUCCUUGCCUUGGUUGUUGAACUACCUUUUCACUUGAUACAAGAACGUUAUCAGACACAAGAAAAUGUCUGGUAGCUUGCAUUUAUCAUACUUAGCCUAUAUUGUAUUAGCCUUGUAACCAUGGGAAUCCUCUGAGUUAUUCUGUAAUCAGGGUUCAGGAGUUGAAAGUAGCUUUAUUUUGUCGUAAGACACCUUCCUCACAUACCAAGAAUUUGAAACCAGAAAAGAGGAAAAGCUUUUAUCUUACAUAUAGAGAAAACAUGUCAAGUAUUCAGGGUCUGCCACCAUUACCAAAAAGUCUCAGUGGCCUGAUCAAUUUUGCUGGACGUCGAGAAGGCAGCGGUGGAGCAAACGAACCAGGUGGAAGGGAUCACUACAGUCCUCCUGUGAGGAACAACACCGAUCGUUUCAGUCCUCCUGCCCGGGCAGAUUCGCGAACUGAGUCAAGGAUGGAUUCCAGACCAGAAUCUGCUCGUUCACAGUACUCUGGGGUUGGUUAUGGAGCCAGUGCCUUUGAACCAUACUAUGCAAAUGGGUCAGCACAAGGGUUUUCUCCCAGAUCCUCACCUCGGAGCCAUUCGUCCUCGCCGAGAAACCAGACUGCCUGUACAUCUGGCAACAAAACUCACAGUCCAAGAGGCAGCCCACCUGUACCUGGUUCUAUUACUGGUGUCAAUCCAAGGCUAAGCCCAGCGCAUGCUCCAACCAAACACCGUAGAGCAUCGACUCUGGACUCCCAGCUAGCAGUGUUGAGAAAAGAAAUGGUUGGUUUGCGUCAGCUGGACAUGUCACUUCUUUGUCAACUGUGGUCUCUAAAUGAAUCAAUUCAAGAGUUCAAACAGUUGGUUAAUGAACGUACGGUAGCUGGCCUUGACUGGGGGGGAGGUGAUACAUCAGCUGAAGAUACAGAUGAUUAUUAUGGUAUUCCAGUUCGACGACCAAAUCCCUAUCUUCACCCAGUUCCUGAACAGUAUCCACAACUCUCACCAUCAUCUUCAGAAUCUAGCUUAGAAUAUGGAAACAUAUAGGAACAAGGAUUUAUUGUUUGGUGGUAUCAACAAAUGUAAUUAACAGUACAUGCAGUAUAUGUUUGAUAUACUGUGCAUUUGUUUCUCCUCCACAAGAGGCAGGCCUCAUGUACUAUGAGUUGUUGAUAGAAUGCAUGUUGUAAGUUAGAUUUUGAGCUCUUAAGAGGUAAAUUUAAAGUGUAUAGUGGUGGUAAAAAUUGUUAGAUAUGUCUGUAUUCCAAAUUAGAGUUUACACACUUCAACUCCUGAACCCUGUUGGUUGUAUGUAAAACAGUGUGCAUGCAUAUACCUUUACAAGGUAACUUAUCAGUGGUACUUACAAAUAUAUUGAACUUAGAAAUAGAGAAGUAGCAUAGGUGCUGAGCAGCACAAUUUGUUAACAGUCAUGGAGAAACGUGCUAGGAAGGUGCCAUCUUGGCUUGAAGCUACGGGUGAUAAGAAAAUUUCCGAAGGUGCAAAGUUAGCAUUUACAAGUCAACCUAGAACUGUCUUUUAUGUUAUGAGUCCCAAGGAACUUAAGGAAGUUUCUGAAGCUAUUUUGAAUGAAGAAAAGCUAAAGCGGGAUCAAGAGGGCAAGUCAUGUCAAAACUCAUAAGUGAAAGAAUUUUUUAAAAGUAAAUUUGGUGCAUUAUAGUUACAAGGUUUUGUUUUUAGUCAUGUUAUUCAUACAUAAAUCAUUCCACAUUAUGGUUAUGAGAAACAUUCUUGUAUAGAAUUCCAUUGUAUUAGUUAGGUAUUGUAUCCUAGUGUAAAUAUGUGAUUGAUUUAGAAUUCAGUCCCAUGAGUGCAAUACAGUUUUAACAGAGCACAAAAUUCCAUGUAUGCUCCUAAGGUGUUUCAGGUCAAACACCUUGCAUUAAAGUGAUAAGUAUUAUUCCAUUUUUUAGAAUUAUUGUAUUAUUUUUGUCUAGUUUCCACGUUAUGUACCUGUAUUUUUUUUUAAAUAUAGCAUCUUUAAAUGCG